AUGAGCGAUAAACCAACUCCGCUCAAAGUCUAUGGUCGAAGCCACUAUGCAUGUACUCGUUGCAAGCUGUCUAAAGUCAAGUGCCUGGGAGAAAAACCAGCAUGUGCUAAUUGCAAAGCUGUGCACAAGGAAGACCUCUGUCUGUAUCCAACCCGUGAUCGUAAAAUAGUGAUCAUGGAAUCAGAUUUGAAUAAGCUUCAAAGCAGAGUUGACCAUUUGGAGGCGUUGCUAAAAGCGCAAACGCCAUACAACUUUGCUCCUCUGCUGACCCACCACACAGAUCACCUCGCCCAGCGACGCAUAAUGGGGUCACAGGCGCUGGAGUUUUAUAUUGUUCCUGGGCUGGCUGGUCCGAUCCCAACAUAUCCGCUCUUACUGCUUUGCAGUCAUCUUCUACCUGAUGAGAAGUAUGCUCGCGCUUUGAUCGGUACCAUUUGCCGAACGUACUCAUCGGAGUUCUACUUGUGCGAUGAGGAGGAGCUCACGGUACUCGUUGAUGUCAUUUACGAGUUCUUCGCCUCGCACAGCUUGCUGACCCUAUCUAGCGCAGAAGAUAUCAUCCCGUCGAUGUCGCUUUGUCAUUUCUUUAUUGUCUUGGCCUUUGGUGAACAAAUUCGAAACUCAACAGUGGACCCGCUUCCCGCGUCUAUAACAGAGAUCACUGGAGCUCCAAAAAAGGUUCCAGGUUUGGCAUUUUAUAAUGUAGCUUCGAGGUUGUUUAAUGCGGCAACUGACAAUAUCGAUGUCCAGUUCAUUCAAUGCUCGGUGCUUUUGGGCUUGUUUGCCUGUAACUUAAAUUGUUUCAACUCAGUCCAAACCUACUUUGGCAUUGCCCUUCGCUCUGCAGUGGCAAACGGCUAUCACAGACAAAUAUGCACAGAUCAAGAUACCAACCAAAGUAACGUGGAGGGCCUCAAGUUGAAGGAAAAAACGAAACGUCUAUGGUGGUCUAUCUAUGUCAUUGAAGUAGUAUGGUGUUCGAAGAUGACGAUGCCAGUACACAUCGAUUACACAGAUACCGAUGUUCCGCUUCCGAACGAACGACCUUUGAUAGACUUGCAUGAUGGGUUCAAUACGGAAAUUUUGGAGGUCAACGUCCACUUGGUUAAGUUUUUGGCUCAGUUCAACAAGCUAAUCUAUGGCCCUAACAUAAGAACAUACUCAGUGAAUUAUAUCAACACAGAGAAGUUUAACCAGAAACUUUUGGUCAAGAAUAUCUUGGCGUCUCUCAAAACUAUCGUUCAAGACUUCGAGGAACCUUAUCUAUGGCCUUAUAAGACAAUGAAUGUCAUUCAUGCAACGAACCGAAAUGUGGGUAACUUGAUCUUGCGCUAUAACCAAGUUGUCAUAUUGGUCAUCGCUCCCCUUAUAUCUAUAGUUUUUGACCAGACCGCUCCUCUUAAUGUGGAGAACAAAACAGAGGCAUUUGAGGCUAUUGACCGGGGACUUGCCGCUGCAAUAAGAACAAUACUGACCCUCGUAAAGUUUUAUGAACAUGGAAAGCUAUUUGUUUUGGGUUUUUGGGACAGCCAGCAUUUGUUCUCAGCAAUUUUGAUCAUAAUCAUGGCAUCAUUUGCUGUUGAUUGUGGUAUUCAUCAUAAUCGUGCAAUUGCAUUGCUAAAAUAUAUGGCCGAUCAUGAUAAUAUUAAUGCCAAAAAUUGUCUUAUCAAGUUGAGGUUAGUCCAAGAAUCCCUAAACGAGAUACCGGAAGUUAACUUUAAUCUUGAUCUAGACUCGGAAAUCGAUGUUUAUUUACGGACUCCAUAUUUCGGUUCUUUGGAAGAGAGUGCCGCUCUGAAAGAACAGUUGGAAUAUUUCAACCCUUUCCAGGAGACAGAUCUCCCUAAGUUGGCCAAAUGCUGUCCUUCUGGUCUGCCUAAGCUGGUAUUUGAAUGUUUGGGUCUCACUAAGCUCCUGCCCAAGUCACAAGGAAUAGUAUCUAAUAUGGCGAGGACUGUCCUGGGUUGGGAUGCGUUCAAAGGUAUGUCUAUCCAUGUCAAUGGGACAAGAAUGGUUGUUCCACCGCAGGUUAAUGAACGUUCGCUGUUAGGUCACAGUGAAUUACAGAUAAAAAAUUUGAUAUAG